UCCGAGCUGGCGGGCAGCUGGGAUGGCACAUGAGGAGGAAGACCCCACCUUUGAGGAGGAAAAUGAAGGAAUUGGAGGAGGAGCAGAAGGUGGACAGGGGAAAAGAAAGAGACUUUUCUCCAAAGAAUUGCGAUGUAUGAUGUAUGGGUUUGGGGAUGAUCAGAAUCCUUACACUGAGUCAGUGGAUAUUCUUGAAAACCUUGUCAUAGAGUUCAUUACUGAAAUGCCUCACAAGGCAAUGUCCAUUGCACGACAGGGUCGAGUGCAAGUUGAAGAUACUGUCUUCCUGAUUCGAAAGGACCCAAGGAAGUUUGCUAGACUUAAAGAUUUACUUACUAUGAAGGAAGAAUUGAAACGGGCUAGAAAAGCCUUUGACGAAGCCAACUAUGGAUCUUGACACCAUUUGUAAUAUCUGAAAUUUUGAUAUUUUGUUUGGAAACCAUACAUUAUAACUUGUCUACAGUAUAUCAUGAUAGCUAAGUAUGCAAUGAAAGAGGUCUUCAAUUUUAGCGUUAUAACUUGAGCCUUCCAUUGCUUGUGUUUGACUGUAUUUAAUUCUUUGCUGGGCUUUGAUGACUACCAACUGUGUAGUUCCAUCUGAAAAAGGUAAGGUAGUAUUUAGAUAGACUUGUGUAGUCCAAGCUAUAUACCAUGGCUGCAUAGUAUACAGUCUAAAUAUCCUUUUGACUUUAUGAAUUUCAAGUUUUUGUGACAGUGGCAGGAGAAGUU